AUGUUACUCUUAUAUGUACUAUGGAUGUGCUUAUUGUCUACUGGCACUGGCUUCUCACUCAGCAAUGAAACGAGAAUCAUCGAUUUGCCGUUGCCACAACUGAACACAGUUGAAGAACCAGCGGAUUCGCCGACAACUCGUAGCUUCGCCAGUGGCACUGUUAGUACCAACAUUCUGACGCUGUUCAAAUACAAUGGUAGUCAAAUCUAUGUAUAUGGUUCUGUAUCCAAUGAAGGUGAGACGCCACAGAAAUGGAUCUUUUACUAUGUACCAGUGAUGGCACCUUUACAAAGUGCGCCGAAUGAUCCAUGGGUUUGGUUCGUAAAGAGUGAAGUACGUAUUAAACUGUUAUUAGGUGAUGAUACAGUCGAAGAGAUGGCACGAAAAGCUAUAGCUAAGAAGUUUGAUAUGAAAACUGCUGAAUACUCAAAAUAUUGGGAUAUUGCACCGUUGAUGAUCGAUUCACUCACAGCUUACAUCGUACAGGGAAGUAGUUCACCAAUUGCUGGCAUCGAACCAUUCCGCGCCGUUCACCCGAACUCACUCGCCAUGAUCUUUCGCUUUAAAUGCUCAACAGAAGAGAAUGCCCGACAGAUUGCCGAGAUGAUUCAAGCCGGCGAGUAUGAAAUUGAAGUUGCCUUCUACUUUGCUGGCUUUCAUCAAACAUCGACUAGUUUUGUAUCGAUUACUGGUGAUCAACUGAAGGCGGCUGCAAGUAAAACAAUAGCUGAUGGUGAAAACACCAAUGCACAAUAUAUACAUCGCGAUCAAGCGUCGAAAUUUAUUGGAAAAUAUACAAUGAAUAUGAAGAAAUUGAUCUAUUCAGACAACCCACAAAUCAAUGCACAAGCGCUGUCAGACGGUUUGGAAACACAAUUUCUUUCGUUACUACAACAAGCUAUGCAAGAUUCAACGAUGGAGAGGCUGAAAGCGGAUGCACUUCAACAAGUCUGGUCACCGUCAGACUUGGAUCCAGACGUUUUAGAGCAUGAAAUAAACAAGAUGUUUUCAUACAAUCAAUCAGAAACAGAACGGCAUAAUGAUAGUAGAAUGUAUUUUAAUGGUAAUGUGGAAGAAAUAAAACAGUCAGCGUCGAAGGGAAGUGGCGGUAUUUUUGGUAGCAUUGGUAGAGGUUUCCUGAAAGUUUUCAGUUUCGGUUUAAGUGGCAGUGGUGAAUCAUCAUCCACGACUACCUCAAAAAAUCAUACAAUCACUGAUCAAGUUAUGUCCGAAACAGAUAUUCAAAAGCACUUGUCUCAACAUGCGAUGGACACAGAAUGGAAUGGAAAGAAGCUGAGACCGAAAGAGUUUAAAGUUCACAAGUUAAGUGACAUUACAGAUCAUUUACAAAUAGCUAUUAUUUCAAAACAAUUAACCGUCGAUAAAGAACAAAAUGCUAUUGUUCGAAUAAUUAGUACAAUGAAUACGCCCUAUUUUAUUGCUAAUAAUCAAACGCGUUCAAAUUUAGUUCUCACUGGCGAAAUAAAACUCUAUGCCGGCAUAAAUAAGCCUCCUUACCCAUGGCUUCUUUGUGAUGGUGCCGCUGUAUCACGUAUCGAAUAUCAACGUCUAUUUGCUGUUAUCGGUACACAAUACGGAGCAGGUGAUUAUGUAACAACGUUCAAUGUACCAGAUUUUCGUGGACGAGUUCCAAUUGGUGUUGAUCAGUAUGAGCUACGUGUGAAACAAGUGACUGAAACUGGAUUUAGUGGUGGAGCAGCAGUACAUACGUUGACCAUUGCUCAACUUCCUCCUCAUCAGCAUACAGCAGGCUCAUUAGUCACCAGUACAGCUGGUGAUCACACACAUUCAAUUUAUGAUCCAGGUCACAACCAUGGAGGAUCUACUGGUAGUGCACCAAUGGGAACAGGACCUUGGGGUAUGAGAGGAAACGGACAUGGAAGCGAUCAAAACUCUCAUACACAUACAAUCUAUACUGGACAGACGAAUAUCAUAAUUAAUAGUGCAGGUGCUCAUAAUCAUAUGAUCCGUGGAAACACCAGUUCAGUUGGAAAUGGUGGUAGUUUCAGUUUGCUACAACCAUAUCAAUCUAUUCAUUAUAUUAUUUAUGCUGAUUGA